AUGGGGAGAGAAAAGCGCGGCCUGCCCGCCGCCGUGGCAGGAGGCCCGAAGGAGAGGCAUCGCCGAGCCCAGAGAUCUCAGUAUGAUCCUACGGCGCCUGUACCACAAGGCUUUGUUGCCAAGCCAGCCAUACCAAAGACAAAGCAUCACUCGUACUUCGAGUUUGUGGAGAACAAAGACAAGAAGAAGAAGAAGCUCGAGUUUCAGAUCACCACCAAAAGCACUCCCCCUCCUGGUUUCGAAUUUGUCCCUGCCGGCAAUCCCGAACUAACUACAGCAUGCAAAGAGCUGUCCCGCGAUAAAGAUGCCAUGAUCUUUAUAGUUUCGAACGCAAAAGACAAUACCGCCAACAUCCUAUCACAUCAGGUCCAUCGGAUCGGUCAUCAUAUCAGAGAAACGAUUGUCGAGGAAGCCCGAGCCAGCUUAGGACACAUCCUGGACCGCACGCUACCGCCAACUGGUGGCUCGCCCGAGCCUAUCCCAGAAUCCCAGGAAGAGUAUGAUGCGCAGGUAGAUGCCGCUUUGCGAGAUCUAUUCCCAAGGAUCCCCAACACCGACCGCCAGAUGAUUAUCGAACAUGCUUUCAGACGGGGCACAUCGUCCAAGACCGAAAAAGUAGGACUCUCAGCAGACAUCACCCUUGCCCGACGGGUUCAACUUGCAGUGCUCGCUCAUAUCCGCCAUACCCAUACCAGGUAUGACACUUUACUCAGAGAGACGACAUGGCAGAAUGCUCGCAAGGUCGUUGAGGCCUUGUGUUUAGAUACACUCGUCAAGUGGCGAGGAGAUGAGGAGAGCGGCCGGGACCAGCUGGAUGAGAUCUUGCGGGAAGUCGUGGUCAUAUCUGACUCGGAGGAGGAGUCCGGCGAGGAGACUGAUGACUCGGUCGAAGAGGUCAUGCCUCAGCCUCGAUCUACUCUGACAAACAGACUCACAAGCAACAUCUCUGGCCAAGAUGGUCCUGGUCGUCGCCAAUCUCCCAGACUCAACCCGGGCGCCAAAGGCCCCGGCCCCCUUACCCCAGCCAAACAGAAGGCCAAGGUUAAGAAAGCCAAGCGAAAGACUUCGGCAGAGAGAAAAGGCCAACGCGGUUUCAAGAGAUAUCAAGCCUGGCAAGAAGCCCUUGAACGCUCCCGCGGAGAACCGGCCCCAGCUCCCCAAUCCCCUGUGGCACGAAGCCUCCCAUAUACACAUGUUCCGCCACCCACAGGAGCUCUUGCGCUCAGAGAUGAUGAGUUCCCGCCCGCUUCCCAGCUCAGGAUUGUUCCGGAAAGGGCCGGGCCUGCGCCAAACGAGAAUGGCUAUGUUGGGAAACCACACCAUCCUCCGAGUAACCAGUUCAUGAACCCUGGACGUGAGUCCUUUUCUCCGGUUGCACGCAAGGUAAAGUCUCCCUUCAAUGAGUCGUCACCUGUCACACGUCGACCGGUGUCGAGGAUUACCAGCCGCUUGCAAGAUAUGCUGGUGCCAUCCAUUGAGCCAGCAUCUCCCGAAGCCAUGAAGCCUUCUUUUGUACGUACAGUGCCGCCCAGACCCCAGGCAUUCAGGGAUGAGCUCCCUUUUGGUUCCAGGAUACAACAUCCAUCCACAGUUUCCUCUCCAUUGCGUGGCCUCAAUGUGAGAGAUGACCCAGCUCACAUAUCCCGCCCUGAUCGCUUCGCCCCUGAGGAAAGACCCUACGAUGGGCGUCUCAGUGGUCCUGGACAAGCCGUGCUACAUCGCGAACAGGACUAUGCCCCUCGCAAUGGAAGCCGUAUUGUUACUGCUCCCUUGUAUCGCUCUGACGCGAGGCCAGCACUACACACCCCUCCGGCCAUUGCUGUAAGUCGACGGCCUUAUGAGGAGGCCCCAAGACCAGGAGAUCGUGAUUCCCCGAUCGUUAUGGAAGAUCGUGGCGGAUUCUACCAACGGGUCCCAGUCCGUGGAGAUGGAACCCGCCUAGCGGCCCAUGAUCCAGGAUUUGUCGAGUAUAGACGGCCUACUCGUGAGACUCGUAGGGUUGAGGAGCCUCGACCUAUUUCCUGGCACGAGGGGCCACGAGUCUUGCAUGAUAGUCGACACGGCGCGGGGAUUGAGGUCAUUCCCAUCACUCGCGCUCCUCCGUUGGAGGCCCGACCACGCCCUAUUUUGGUAGAGUCUCGUUCUGCGCCGUAUCUGCCAGCAGCCUCAGGACCCCCCUCUGGUUCAUGGAGAUAUGUUGAGCGAGAACCCCAUCUUGUUCACCAUGACACACCCAGCUCGGAGGCUCGUCUUAUGACGAGUGAUUUCCCAGGACUGAGGCGCGAACCGUAUCGAGAGAUUCGGAUUGAAGAACGACCCCCGGAGGCUUUCCAGCAACGAGAGCCGACACAGCGACACUACGGGAAUCAACCACCACUUGCACCUAAUAAUGGCCGGAUGCACCCUCUACACCCACGGCAACCCGAGAACGUCAUUGUUCUCGAGUGA